AUGUACUUUACCGCCCAGACUCUCCCGCUGCUUUCUCGCAUCGGCGAGUUCAACUUCCCGAUCUUUGACUUUGCCAAUGCCACGAUGGAUCGACCCCUGAUGGUGAUGACCCACCACCUGGUUACCAAGACAGGCAUUAUGAACCGGCUUGCGCUCCCGAUGGACAAGUUCCUGCGCUUUAUCUCCACGAUCGAGGAGGGCUAUCAUGCCGAUCUGACAUACCACAACUCGAUUCACGCUACCGAUGUGCUCCACUGCAUCAACUACAUCAUCAGCUUGCCCAAUAUCACAAAGCUCUUCACCGAUCUCGAGAUCUUGGCACUCUUUGUUGCCGCAGCUGUCCACGACUAUGACCACCCCGGAGUCAACAACAACUUCCUGAUUUCAACAAACGACCGACGAGCGCUGCUCUACAACGACCGCUCUGUCCUGGAAAACCACCACUGUGCGUCGGCCUUCGAGGUCCUGAUGCGCAAGGAAUGCAACUUUUUGGGCAAACUCGACCGCAAGGUCUUCAAGGGUGUCCGCGAUCACAUCGUUGCCAUGGUUCUGGCAACCGACCUCAGCCAACACUUCUCGCUACUGACAAUGUUCAAAAAAAAGGUCGUCAAUGGCGGUGGCUUUGAUCCGCUGUCCUCGGGCGAAGACAAGUCGCUCCUGAUGCAGAUGCUGAUGAAAUGUGCCGAUGUCUCGAAUCCGACAAAGUCCUGGCCGAUCUACUGCGAGUGGAUCAAGCGCAUAACCGAAGAAUUCUUCAGCCAAGGCGACCAGGAGAAGCAACACGGUCUCCCGAUCUCCCCCUUCUGCAACCGAGACGCACCAUCUGCAACAAACCCAGCCUCCAGCCAAAAGUCCUUCAUCGAGUUCAUCGUUGCCCCUCUGUUUGAAGCCCUCUGCGAGUGGCAGCCGAUGCCCGAGGUUCAGGAAGGCCUGGAACGCAAUAGAAAUAUCUGGGGCUCGCCCGCCAAAGCCGCCGCUGCCGCUGCCGCCGUCGCCGCUGUCGAAGUCGAAGCCAAGAAGAAAUAG